GUUCUCGAAGCGAGAGCACUUUAUAAUCUUGGAAAUGUUUAUCACGCGAAAGGAAAACACGCUGGUCGAAACUUCCACCAGGAUCCUGGAAAUUUCCCUGAGGAAGUUCGAACACCGUUGGAAAAGGCUGCGGAAUUUUACGAGUAAGUAGACCUUUACAUUUAUUCUUAUAAUCUUAUCCGAGGACAGCAUUUAACAUAGUACAUGUACUGUACGACAUUGCUCUUCGAUGCACUCUUUACAGACUUUAGAUUGUUAGAGAAGCGAGAGUUUGCAUGAAGGAUUUCUCAACUCUCAUGCCCCGUUCAAACGAGAACAAGAGUUACAUGAGAGUUGAGAAGCGGGAGUUUGCAUGAGAGUUUCCUCAACUCUUGUGUCCUGGUCAAACGAGAACAAGAGUUACAUGAGAGUUGAGAAGCGAGAGUUUGCAUGAGAGUUUCCUGAACUCUUGUGUCCCAGUGAAACGAGAACAAGAGUUGCAUGAGAGUUGAUGAGAGUUGAGAAGUGAGAGUUUGCAUGAGAGUUUUCUCAAUUCUCAUGUCCCGUUCAAACGAGAACAAGAGUUACAUGAGAGUCGAUGAGGGUUGAGAAGUGAGAGUUUGCAUAAGAGUUUUCUCAAUUCUCGUGUUCCGGUCAAACGAGAACAAGAGUUGCAUGAGAGUUGAUGAGAGUUGAGAAGUGAGAGUUUGCACGAGAGUUUUCUCAACUCUCAUGCCCCAGUCAAACGAGAACAAGAGUCACGUGAGAGUUGAUGAGAGCAGAACUGGAUAAUUACCACGCGCGUAGCGAAAACUCUCAUUCAAAUUUGAACCAGUCCAAAGUUGACGAGAGUCGAGUCGGUUAAACGUGAGCAGAUACGUUAACUUACAGAUUUCUGGUAUUCCAUUUAGAGCGAAUUUAAAACUAGUACGUGAGUUAAAAGAUCGUCGAGCUCAAGGUCGGGCAUGUGGCAACCUUGGUAAUACUUACUAUCUCUUGGGAAAUUUCAAUAAAGCUAUACAGUAUCAUAGAGAG